AUGCACCGACUUCUCAACUCGAAGGUCAAGGCGCAACACUUUGCACAUUUUUGCAGUACGAGACUGGAGUUGUCAGUGCUAAGUGUCAACACAUUGGCAACGAUCAUCUUGUCCUUGCAAAAGUAUGCGGCAGAGCCUGACGUCGUCGCGUGCAUUCGGGACUGCUUCUACGCCAAAAGGAAUAUGGCGUGUUUGCAAUUGAAGAACAAGGUGGACACCAAAUUCCCGAUGUUUGACUUGAUCUACCAUCGUAUUCGGUCACAAAGUGAGCGUGAGGCAAUUCUAAAGCAUUUUGAGGCAGAAGCAGCGGCACUAAGCAAUUCACCGAAUUUUUCCGCACCGAUCAAGCUGUUGUGUGGAUACGAACACGAAGACAGCGAUGACGACGACGAGCUAGAAACUGGAAGUUCUGGUGGGUCAAAGAAACUAAAAGAUGUCCAGCGCGUGGCCUUCCUUACUGCAAGACCCGAAUUCCUUCGCAAGCGAUCGAACUUCGUCCGAUUCAAGCGCGUGUUUGCAGAACAUCGCUUUGUCUUCGUGGGUGACAACGGCCAAGGUGACAUCGAUCUGGGCAAGGAGUUGCUGAAGGAUCCUCAUCUCUAUGCCGUAUCGGCUGUGUUGAUCCACGACGUGAUUCGCAACCAUGCCACAAGUAAACCCCUGAACCAGCACUCAUACCGUGGAAAAGAGUGUAACCAGAGUGGCAUCCACUCUUUCCGCACAUAUAUCGAAGAAGAAUCUCGCUCAAGAAAUUCUCGCCGAUGUGGCUGCUGUGGUUAA